AUUGUGUUCCUAUUUUUUUUUUUUUUUUUUUUUUUUUUUAAAUCAGACACAAUAUGUUUAGGAAACAUCACACAAUUAAGUUUGUUCGUCAGGAGAUUGAAAAGCGCCAUUUAAAGUAAGUGAAGCCUUGACACCGAUGCUCAGGCACCAAGUGAGUGGGUGGUUGGCCUCACACACAUUUCCUUCAGAAAUUACAAAGAAGUGAACAAGUGUCACAAACACCGCAUAGGUUCCCUUCAUCUAGACCACAACUAUGACAGCGAGUUGUAUUCAUGUGAAAAAAGAUUGUGUGGGCCAUACAGUGACACUUUACCAGUCUAGCCUCCGGCAACAUUCAUCAGACUUGUGGUUCCUCAGAAAUCCACAGCUCACAUACGUCCACUGUGGUAAAGUGACUCAUAUUUACCAAGACGUGUGCUUCUUUAGUUCCCUAAAGCUUUGAUUCAUUCAAAAAAAAAGCUCUAAUUGGUUGUUUUUCGUCGGGCGCUGUGUUUCUAGAAGUACAGGAUGGGGCCAGAGAGGGAAGAAUUUUUUUUUCAAAUUUCUUCUCUCACUACUUUCAGAUCAAACUGCCAAGUUUAACAAACAUGAUUUUUUUUUUUUGGGUCAGAUGAUAGAUUAGCUGGUAAAAACAAGGUAGCAAUGAAUGCACCAAUGAGGGAGAGACGAAGGGGAGGGACUUCAAGAACGGAGAGGAAACUCUCUAAAUGACAAGUUAUCAUUGCCAUGAUGAAAGACAGUCCAUCAUCCACCUGGGAGAAUACUCACUAAUAUAUACCAAAAUAUUACAAGUGACUUCAGCAAUGAUUCGACUCCACAAUACUCAGUACUUUCAUUUCCUGCAUCGGGCCAACGCUUUACGCCGCUCAGGUUCAAUGUGUGACGCCCUCAUCUCAGUGAAGAACCAAACUUUUCGGGCUCAUCGCCUGGUUCUGGCCUGUGUUAGCAGGCCACUCGAACAGAAAUUCACCCAUGCGGAGGCAAACCAAGAGGUCCACUGUACACUGGAUGAUCUCUCACCGAGAACCUUCCAGCAGGUCCUGGACUUUGCCUACAUGCAGAGUGUGGAGGUGUCAGAAGAUGACCUGCAGCAGCUACUUCUAGCCGCUCAGUUUCUAGAAAUGCAAUCACUGGAGGAGCAGUGUCAAUGCCACUUGGACACAUUCAGAACCAAACAGGUGGGACAAAGGCUUGAAGUAACCAGUGGGAGUGAUGACGAGGAGGAGCUCAAUAAACAGACCGAUGAAGAGGAGAAACUCAAAGAAUCUCCUUUGAUUAAAAACAAUAUCAUGGAAAAGACAGAAACAGAAGAGCCAAGAAAAAAGUCCAGAUUGACAACUUUCAGUAGAGACAGUGUCAUCACCAGCUCAGUCUCCAACUUGUCCUCCUCUGCUUGGACCAUCCCAAGCCACAUGUGGAGCUCCGCGAGGAGCCUGAGACGCAUAGCCGAGAAUUACUCCACCUUCAUAGCGGCUCACCCCCGUCAGCCCCCUGCAAUACUUGCCUUGCCCGCACCCCAAAUCUUCCCUCUGCAAGGACCCCAUUUCCAGGUCCCCGCUCAGCAUUCUGUCGUAACAGGCUUGCAUUAUGGACAACAUCUUUACUCCCCCACCACUGAGAACAUCAAGGCGGGCUUGCAGGUGACAAGAAUAAAGGCCAGACAGAGGACAGACAAAAUCACUGAGAUCAGCCGCUCAGUCGUGCACAAAACCAACACGGCUGAAGAUUGCAAGCACUGCAACUCAUGUCUGCGAUGUGAUCCGGCCUCCUUGACAUCAGGUGAGGCCUGUGCACGUUGUUGCGUCUUUGACUGUGAAUCCCAAUUUAAUGGACAAAACUUGACAGGAGAGAGACCCUACCAGUGCCAACAUUGUCCCAAGAAGUUUAGUCUCAAACACCAACUGGACACGCAUCACCGAAUUCACACAGGUGAGAAACCCUUCGAGUGUCGUCUGUGUGGUCAGCGCUCCCGGGACUUCUCAGCUAUAAUCAAGCACCUACGGACUCACGGCGGGGCGUCCCCUUAUCGGUGCACACUAUGCUUGGAGUUCUGCAGCAGUCUGGUGGCCAUGCAGAGACAUAUCAAGAGCCACCCGGUGCAUGAUUUCCCCCCAGACUGGAGCAUCAGGAGCACCUACCUGUACACGUCACACAUCGCUCAACGCUGACAUUUUCCAAGAGGACUCUUUUAUAUCUUCUUGCGACACCUGCUAAUUAAGAUGAUUUCAUCUGUGGUGACCUGUUAAAAGUUAAAGGCACAUCCAGGUUUCAUUUUCAAAAUCAGCGGGUGAAAAUUUGAGUAAGAUUUCAAUUUGCAUGAUUGUCGAUAAAGUGUGUGGAAACAAAAAGGACGAGAAAAUAAAGUGGUAAACUAACGUCGUUUCCUUCCAACAGAUUUUAUCAACGGUGAAUCGUACUGACUUGUCUUUCUUCUUCUGCAUUUUUCAUCCUUUAAAGUUUGCCGAGCCCUGAUAUAGACAUAAAUACGACAUAUUUGUUGAAACAUCUUGACAUCUUUAUUUAAACAAAAUGAUAUAAAUAAAAAAAGUGCAUAGAAAAAUUAAACAGGUUUAGAAAUACGUAUACAAAUAUUUACAAACUCAGGGUUUAUUUGUACAUGGUAACAAAGACAAAUUUAAAGAUCACAAUUUUCCUCAUUUUUGUCUUUAACACUUACUUUAAAAUAACCCUACUAUAUAUAUAUUUAUAUAUUUUGUAUA